AUGGUCGGCGGCGGCGAGGGCCAGUUGGCGGCGGUGGCGACGCGGUUGCCGGUGGUGGAUGCGGACCCGUUGCGGGGAGCGGCGCUGGAGUGGGUGGCGGCGGCCGUGGUUGACGUGGGGCUGCCGGCGGGCCAGGUGUUGGUGGUGCUGUUGUAUGCGCCGUGUAGCAGCCAUGGCCAUCGGCAGUUGGCGGUGCUUCGGGCGAUGUUCGCGGCGAUUGAAGAGUAUGCGUCGUCGCACGACAACAUGAAGAUGGUUCUUGGCGGCGACUUUAACAAUGUCCAGAAUGAUCACCUAGAUGUUAAAUGUAAGAAAGAAAGUAGGAAAGUGAAGGGACCCUCUGGCGCAAUGGCCGAGUGUCGAGAAGAGGUUGCACGGGCCAUCAACCAGUACCAACUAGUAGAUGUCAUGCGGCUGUUGUACCUGCUGCUUGUGCAUGGGACCAACCGGCUGGCACAUCGGAGCCGGCGCUUGGACCGGGUGUAUGUGACGCCAUGGUGGGCGGGCCGGAUCUAUCGGUACCGCGAGCGGGCAGACGUGUCGAUCGUGUCCACACAUGUGACGGUCGAGGUGACGAUGGUGUUGGAUCCGAGCAGCAUGCUAGAGGUCGGCAAGCCGCGGUUCAUUGCGCCGCCGUGCAACUAUCAAAUGCCCCGGAUGCCUGCCUCUGCAGAGUGGGACACCGUCGUGGCGAACGCGCAAGCGCGAGCCAAAAGAAAUAGAAGUAGAAGUAGUAGUAGUGGCCGGGUGUUUACGGAGCUUCGGGAUGGGGAGAUUGUGGAGACCACCACCAAAGGAAUGUUACACAUGGCAACGAGACACUGUCUGAAAUGUUCAUGGCCAGGAAUCCCACAAGAGUUUGGGAAGACCAUGCCAUGGCCACAACGGUCUUGUCUUUCUGUCGGGCAGAUGGAAAUGUUGCUGGCACCAUUCACCAAAAAAGAACUUUGGAAUGCCCUCAAGGGUGCACCGCCGAGGAGCGCUCCCGGUGAAGAUGGUCUCCUGUACCAGUACUGGAAAGCAACAUGGCUGCUGCAUGGCGAUGCACUCACGACUGUGGCCAACGAGCUUCGCCAGGGUCGGGUGCCGCUGCUGAUGACCAAGACAUUGUUUGUGCUUCAACCGAAGAAAGGCAAGGGUCGGGAGAAACAGGUGAGCGGGUAUCGGCCCGUGGCGUUGAUCAACACCAGUCUCAAGAUCAUCUGUCGGGCCAUCAACGAGCGGCUUCAUCUGGUGGCCGAUGUGGUGGUGAUGGAUGCCCAGCGCGGGUUUAUGCGGGGCCGCCACAUGAACGGAAGCAUUGCCCAGUUCCGCCAGAUCAUGGAGUAUAUGGGGGAAACUGGGGUGGCGAUGGUGGACUUUGCCGAUGCGUUUGGCAGCGUGAGCCACCAGUACUUGGACGAGCAGCUUGCCCAGUGGUGUCCGCUUGAGCUUCGCAUCAGCAUCAUGGCGAUAUUGAUGACGCUGCGGGCGGCGGUGUGGCUCAACAACACCGAGGGGGAGGUGUUCCGGGUGCGGCGCGGGACGCUCCAGGGGAACCCGUUCCUGCCAUUUUUGUUUGCGAUGGCGUUGGAUCCCUUUCUCCGGCUAUUGACCGAGCGGUUGAGCGGGGUGAUGGUGAAGCAGCCGGGGUAUCCGUACUGGUACACACAAGUAGUGGUGAGUGCGUUUGCGGACGACUUGGUGGUGUAUGUGAAGCUGCAGAAGGAAAUAGACGAGCUAUUGUUGUGCCUCCGGCAGUUCACCUGGGCGUCGCGGUGUGAGGUCAACGCAUCAAAGUCGCGCGUAUACACUCUGAAGGAGGAAUUGGAGGACUGCGUGUACUUGGGGUUUUCGUGGACGCCGUUGGACUGGGCCAGCGAGCAGCGGAAGUUGCUUGGCGUGGCGCUGCGGUUUGCGCGGCGGAGCCCGACCCAGUUUGCGCAGCGGCUCAACGCGUUUGUGUUUCUGCGGGUGUACUUCCGGGACUACCACACGCCGAUGACGGUGGCCGAGAUUGAUCUGUUCAAGGCGGCGGUGGCGCGGAAGUUCCCUGGUGUUUCUGCACGGGUGGUGUUUCUGCCCAUCCGCAACGGCGGGCUCGGGUGUGUCGACAUGCUGUGGCAGUUGAUGGGCGGGCGGGCCAUGUACGUGCACCAUGUGAUCACGCGGUAUGCGGACGGGCAGUGGGAGUUGGAGAUGACGCGGCGGCGGCUCCAGUGGAUGUUGUUCCAGUGCUGUGUGGGGUCCGAGGAGCGGCGGCAGUUUGAGUUGCACAAUGGGCGGGCGCGCGUGCAAGUGCCGGCGUGGUGGAGUUUUUUGAGGGGCGGUCAUUUUAAAAUAGACGGGACCUUGUUCCUGUGGAAAACAUGUGACAUGGCCAAGUAUAUGCUCCCGACGGAGACGGUCUACCUUGAGGCGUGGUUCAAACUCACCAACCCCACAGCGCAUGAUGGCGAGUGGAUGCUGAUGGGAGACGAUGGCCGUUUAAACUAUCAUGGCGAGAUCUGGUACGACACGCGGUUGUUCCAUUCCGUGACCAAGCAGCAUGUGGUGGAGUCGGUGGUGUCCAGGACCGUUCAGGGAAUGGGCCAGAAACCAUCCCAAAAGUUCUGGAAGGAAGUAGCCAAAAGAGCUGCGGCGGGGGCUCCGCUCGACUACGUUCACUUGUUCCAUGUUGGGGGAGACGUGGGCGUGGUGGCAGCCUUUGGGAAGUGUUUGUUGUGUGGGGGUGACGACAAAACCCAUGCACAUGUGUUUGUGGCGUGUACCGUUGCACGGGAGGUGUGGCGGGCGUGUGAACUCUAUGGGGAGCCGAGAGUGGACCGGAUCAUUGGCGUUGCCACGAAAGGGUUGGACCGGUACUUGUAUGUGAUGCGGAUGUUGUUGCGAUGGCGGAGCGAGAACGCGGGUGCCAGUGUGAAGCCGAUGGUGCGGUACUACCUCAUGAAGUAUCGACACGCGGUGUGGGCAUAA